GCAACCACUAUGCCAAGCUCCCAAUCAGGUCUCACUUUGGCGCUGGAUUCUCGUCAGGCUGACAGCACUGCCACAAUGUGGGCAGACAACACAUCGAGGAUCCAUAUAUGAUGCUCUGCGGAUCUCCCGCAAAGCACGACAAUCUCUCCAUACCUGGUUCAUUCGAAGACGUACCUCGAAACCCGAUAUGAUCUCUUUCUAGAUCCUAAACAAUUAGCUGAGGCUUGACCUUGGCUUGAGAUGUCGUUCAGCUUCUCGGUAGGCGACUUCGUCGCCUGCCUCUCCCUCAUCAAGGACAUUUCAGAUGCUCUGAAUAAUUCAACUGGCUCGGAAGCAGAUUUCAAAGCUUUAUUUGCAACUCUCAAAUCCCUCGAGAACGCGUUCAAGAUCUGCCAGCUUGUAUACCAGCAGUGCGAAGAGCCUCAUGUUGAGGCUGAAGUACAGAUACAGGCCGGAACAAUCCGCCAAGCGCUCCUCGACGAGCACCAAAGGUGCAGAAACAUCCUGGAGGCGUUUGCUAUAGCUCUUGCUCGUCACAUGCGCAAGAUCACGUGGCAUUCACGAAAAGCAGAUGUGGCGAACCUGGAGAGGAACCUGAGAGGACACCUGAGCUCAUUACAAAUGUACGCUGCGGCACUUUGCCAAUUGUAUCUUACGGCAAAUACAAAGAUGGUGACAUCUACCGAGUCGAAGGUAGAUUCAAUUCUUUCUAAUAUGACUGACCUCCGAGCCGAAGUGACGACAAUGUUUUCUGGAGUCCAGAUUAGCAAGUCUCAGCGUCUAGGGGGCAUUGGAAACAUAUGGGAAGGGGCUUCGAGUCAGUUGGACAUUGUCAUCCUUAACGACGCCAUCGGUCGGACUGUCCCACUUCCAAUAAUGCUGCUUAGUUCUCGCACAGCUCUUCAUAAUAUGGUUCUCUGGAUGUUCCAUGACCGAGACGUCCCUGGAAGAGCAAAGGUGCGGAGAAAGGAGUACACUAUUACGGAUGAAGACACCGAUGGUAUUUUGAUUGAGGAGGCCAAUUGGGACAUGAUUUAUCACCCAGGAAAGCAUUUAUCGCUUAAUAUGGUCUUCCCAGCUUUGCCUUCCUGGAACGUUCAUCGAUGUCCACGGUGUGAUCGGCCGGCAAUAGGAAAGGCACGUCCCGGUGAACGAAGACAUUGCUUAGCUUUGCUAUGUUCGAUAGAGAAAGAGUGGUCGAGGAAAUUCCGGAUGCAAAACCUGACGCGAUUUCGGAUGCCGUUUCGGAGGAUGUCAUGGGAGAGGCAAAUUCCAUCCAACAAAAGAACCGCAAAACUGCAAAAGACACCCUCCAACGUGACAAAAAGUCAAAAAAGGACAGAGAAGAGCAUUUUCUAUUCCGGAACAUACAUUAUCAUCGCGAGAUCCUGGUCCCGAAGCCUUUAUCUGCCCCAGACAGUUCUGCCGAAGAGACACAUCGCAAAUUUGGAAUCGACGAACUUCCUCCACUUCACCAGGCGGCGGCAAAAGCCUCGUUGAAAGUGAUUGCCGAUCUCCUGGAGAAGGGCAUGGAUGUGAAUGAGAAGAUACCAUUCUGCAUGCAAGACGAAGAACAUUUCGAGUUCCAUGGUGCAUCUCCAUUGCUGAUAGCAGCUUGGUUUGGGAAGAGCAAAGCUAUCGACCUCUUGUUAGAGCAUGGUGCAAAUAUAAACUCUCUGGGCUCUGGAAACACUGGGAUUCUACUGUAUGCGAUGUGUGGUCCAUGCCAGGGACGAAUUG